AUGCCGUCCUUCGAGACCGCGUCCGCUUCCGCUUCCGCUUCCCCUUUCCUCUCCUCUUCUUCCGCCUUCAUCGUCAUCCCUCUUCUCGCCGCCCUCAUCCUCUUCCCCCUCGGCCGCCUUCUAGGGUGGUCUUCCCUUACCGACUUCGUUCCGCUGGUGAUGUCAAUUGUAUUGUACCUUUUCAAGGUAUCCCCCGUCCUAGCGUUCGUCGUCAUCUCUUCCCUCUCUCUCUUCGCCUUCGUCGCCCAGGCUCUGGCCAGUGAUGCGGAUGUUCCCGUCCUCGUGGUGGCCCCGUGGCUCGUCGCGCAGGUCUACCUGUGGAAGAAUACUUCCUACGGUUGGUCUGCGCUCUGGGUCGCCAUAGCCGCCGUCAUUGUCAAGAACUACGGACUUCCGCCUCCCGCCUGGUGUAUCCCGCAGCUUCUCUUCUGUGUGUGUCUCAAGGGACUGUUCUCACACGAAAACGACUAUCGCAUUCGUCGAUUUGGGGAUGCCCAUUUCCCGGAUUGCGUGAAGUACGUUAAGAGUGAGCUUCAGAAACUUGACUGGGGCUUCGACACGCGCGAACUCAUGGUUCUCUGCCUCCGUUGGGGAGACCGCUCUGUGGCUCUGUUCUGUCGAGUCGCAGAGAAGUUCACCAAUUCGCCGGCUUCACCUGAACUUGUUCCUCUCCCUCCCACUCCCGCCCAGGCCCAGCCGACCCCUCAGGAGCCCGAGGAGGAGGCUGCCAAGUCCCAAGCCAAGGCCGAGGCGCGGAGACCGACACCUAGCGCUUCUUUCAGGAGUGCCCGAGGGGGGUCUGAGAGGAACAGCGGUCGUGCUCCUGCACUUUCUGCAGCCGACCGUCGUAUCUCUCAAAUUCGGGCUGCCCAGGCAAAACGCUAUCAGCCGCCUACCUUCUACUACACCUUGCCGGUGAAAGAGAAGAGGCGUCCCUGGGUGCCUAUGAAGCCAGCGGAUUUCGGGCUGCCUCAACAUCCCAAGCCUCUCCCUAGUGUGGCUGACCUAUGGCAGUCUGUUGGUGAACCUCAGGUCGAGCCAACUCACUUUAUCAACGGUGCCCCCUUUAUCGGUGCUAUCCCGCCUCCUCCCAUGCCGAUUGCUGGGCCUCAGAUUCCCCCCGUCCAACCUUAUCAGCCGGUUUUCUACCUGCCCGAAGGGGAGUCUCAGGCUCAGCCUGGCCAAGUUCAAUCGGUGGUUGUGUAUCCAACUCAAUUCGAAGCAGCUCCUGCUAUUGACCAGCCAAUCAUGAUGCACAACCUGGACGGUACACCCGCGAUCAUCGAAGUGCCCGAGGACGAGGAGAUGGUACCGGCACCUAGUCCCAUGGUGGUGGAUGAAGAGGACAUCCCCGAGCACACCCCCAUGGAAGAGGACGAGGUAGAUCCGGUAAUGACUGAGGAAGAGAUGGAGGCUUAUCUCACCGAGCUCGUCUUAGAAUCCCAGCCUUCCCAGUCAGAGGUCCAUGUCAAUGACCAGCCGGUUGACAACUCGGGGUACGAGAGUCUUGACGAUGUCAUGGGUGGCUCGCCAUACAACAACUGCAAGAUUAGGCUCUCAUCUCAAGCACCAGCCAAGUCUCAGUUCCAGCCCAUGACCCAGCCUGCCGCCACCCAGCCCAGCAGCAGCAGCAGGCGUAUCGCCAAGCCUCGUGCCUUGAGGUCCUUGAGCAAUGCUUCAAGCUCCUCGGACCUUUCAAGCCUUUCGGACGUCGAGCAGAGGUUGGGCCUAACCGAAGCCUCUUCGUCCACGUCGCAGAGCCAAAGCCAAGGUACUCCCUUCAAGGGUUUGCAUUCAAGCAUGUACAACAACCAGGGCUUACAGUCCAGCAUGCACAAUGUCCUAAGUCCCGUUCCCGAAGACGUGGACAUGUCGGAAACUUUCGUCCCGCAGAUGCCAUCGUCCCAGGCUCUGCCUCCGGCAAUGCAACCCAAGACAACACCUUCCGAGUCCCCUCUGGCUAAGGCUUUGUCCCAAGUGCCUCUCCCGCAAGUUCCAUUCCAGGGUCAGCUCCCCAUGCCGACAGCUACUCCGUCGCCCUCGGUCCCGUCUAUCUCUCAGCUAUCUGUUCCUCAGCAGCAGCUGCCCCAGGGUCCGUUCAACGUUCCGGUCGUGCCGAUGUCAGCUCUCUCGCCUCUCCCGCCGACCCCUGAGUCCCAGCCAACUCCCGCUCCGCUGCCCUGGUUUGGUUUCAUGCCCGCGACUCCCCCGACACCUACUCCACAGCCGAAACAACAACAGGUCUUGCCACCCCUGAAGCCUCAGUCAACAUCUCAGCAGAAGCCUUCCACCAAGGCUGCUCCCACUGCUCCCAAGGCUCAGGCGACCGUUCAUAAACUGACCUGGCCUAGUGACGUGCCACAGACACAAAAGGCUCCCGAGAAGACUCAGCCGACAACUUCGCAGAAGCCAGCUCCCAAGGCCCUGCCCCAGUCUCCCAAGCCUCCCAAGGUCAGCGCCCAGCUGACUUUGCCCCGGAGUCUUCCGGCUCCCGUGACCGCUCCCGUGGCCCGCGAGGUUUGUCAAUUUGGCCAACCUAUUCUUAUAGUCAUCCCGGACCCGGAGCCUGAACCUGCAGUGCAGGCUUCGAAGUCACAAAUGGCCGGCCGGCGUGUCAUUGCUCCAAAGUCGCGGAGGGCACAGACGUCUAUCAACCCGUACCAGGGAACAGGUGUUGCUACUUCCCCCACAUCUGGCAAUGCUGCUCCAGCUCCCGCUCCCGCGCCUGCUUCUAACCCGGGCCCUUCAACACAGACGAAUGCUCGUCCCCAGCCUCUUCGUCUGCCGGGUAAGUCCAAGCCUGCUAACCCCUCGUCGACGAUCACACAAGCCGGUCCCUCCAGCUACAAGGGCAAGGGCCGCGCGACCGAUUCAGCAGAUCAAGACGACUUGGCAUAUGAAGCAAAGGUCCUGGAGUACAUGGAGAUGGGCCAUACUGACGAGGAAGCCCGAACGAGGGCAGACCGGUUCUUCUACGACAGCGACAAUCGCCAGACGUAA